UCCCUGUGAUGAGUAAAAGACAUUUGGAGCCUCCACUAAUUGCUGCUGGUAACUGCUUACUCAUAAGUAGUAGCCUUCUCCCCUCCCCUUUUUUGCCUAGUCACUUUUGUUUCAAGAUGGGUGUGACUUUUGAUUCCGCUCCCCUCCCUGUUGUGUCACUCCUUCAGUUACUUUGAAUUGGAAUAAAAACUGCAGCAAACUUCCGACGCUGCCUCUCGGUGCAGACUUAACAAGACGUGGGACCUUUUUUCUCCUUCCUUUUGCUUCCUGCCCCUCCUUUGUGCAGGCAGGGAGAGAGGAGCUCCUUGACUUUUACACAUUAACUCGAAGAGAGGAAACAAUGGCCAAGGUCUGGUUGGGUGCAGCUGUUGGAUUUUACUUGUUGCAGCUUUCUUUAGCCCGGAUAGAUUUGAAUAUAAGUUGCAGAUAUGCAGGUGUUUUCCACGUUGAGAAAAACCGCCGUUAUAGCCUUUCAAGAGAAGAGGCCAUUGAGCUUUGUAAAGCUCUCAACAGCACCCUUCCAACAUGGGACCAGAUGCAGAAAGCUUAUGACCAAGGAUUUGAAACCUGCAGAUAUGGUUAUAUAGAAGAAAAAAUUGUAGUUCCUCGACACACCCCUUAUGCACUCUGUGCAGCAAACCACACUGGGAUAUACGUACUUUCAUCAAAUAUAUCCGACAAAUAUGAUACAUAUUGCUUCAAUUCAUCAGAAUCAAGGGACAUAGUUUGUGACCCUGUCAUAAAGUUAUACUCCAUUUGGCCUGAUGAAGAUAGCAAAAUAGAAAUAUACAAUCCUGAUGGAUCACACUAUAUUGAUGGAGAGAGAUUCACAAAACGGCCACCCAUUACUGAAGAUGAAAAUAUUGGCGGCAGUGGUUCUGCAAAUGACAGAUCAACGACAGAUCCCAAUGUUAUCAGUCCGGGUAUCUCGUCACGUUUUCCUCAUCAUACAGAUGAUGGUACUUUUACCUCAAAAGAGCCUUUUGCGGGGAAGGAUGAAGAUGCAACUGAUGUUCCAAAUACACAUGAUGGCCACCAUGAAGGAGGACAUUCUAAAGACCAGCAGCCCCAAAGUCCUAAUUUAGACUCACAUGAGAAGCAAGAAGAUCCAGCAGAAGAAUACAAAACACCUGGACUCGAAGGGGAUAAGUAUGGCAGAAAAACUCAGCUUUCUCCUAGUAUCACUGGUGAAGUGUCAAACAAUGAGAAGCGCCCUGAAAACUCUACUCAAGUUCGACAGGUUCCUGAAGAAUUCCCUUCAUGGUGGCAGUCGGAGGAACACAAAGAAGUGCACAACGCAACUUCCAGGAAGGCUGUCAGCCCUCAUCACAACUCACAUGAGAAAAUGUCCACCAGUAUUGAUUUUAAGGAGGUGCAUCAUCCCAUUGAAGGAACUUGGGAUAAGAGUUCUGAAGAAGAUCGUGAUGUUGUUGGUGAUGAUGAUGGUGGUGGCGAUGAUGAUGAUGAUGGUAGCGAUGAUGAUGAUGAUGAUGAUCAUUAUGGAGAAGGGUCUGGGCACUUAAAUCCUGAAACCGUUCUUGAAUGGAACAGCAGUGGUGAUAACGAACCUCGGCCAUCGAAAACCACUGUGGUCUCCACCAAAGAUGUCAAGCAUGAUGACUCGGCCCAUGAUUCAUUUCUGCAUGGUGUACACUCUGAAAAAGACAGUGAAGUCAGAUAUUCAACAAAUGGCACAAGGGAGGAUGUGCUACCCCGAAUUGUUCCUGUAGGUGAUGAUGAACAUUAUUCAACAGCUACUGCUGGGUCCUCCAGUGAUGAUUUCUUCAAGCAGGAAGACUCAACUCAGAAUCCACUAGAUGGUGCUCUCUCUGGAUUAGAAACUGAAGACACAUUACCUACAACCAUAGCUUCAGACGUAUUGCAUCCUGUGCUUGUUCCAUCAAGUGAAAGAGAAAGAACUCUGGAGGAAGAAUCUUCCCACCAUACAGUUCUAGCCUUCAAUGAAAGUGCUGAACAUGAAGAAUCACCUCAAGAUCAGUUAUCCGCAGUGGGCAAACCUGGGCGGAGAAGUGGUUCUGCCACAAACAGAACGAUCCUUGGUGUCCUAGAAACACUUAUUCCUCAAAGUGAGAAGCUUCAUGACAAUGAAUCUUCUCAGACAGCAGAUAAUGGGAUGAAAGUUGAAGAAUCCACUCAAGGCCCACCAUCUCAUGGCAUAUAUCCUGAAUGGUCCAAUGAAGAAAGAUACCCUACAAACUCAUCGAGCAAAGAGACACUACCUGAAAUUAUUCAUCCAAGUGAAAAUGAGCAAAAAAAUGAAUCCAUUUAUACAGCAGUAGUCUCCAGUGAUAGCACUGACUAUGAAGAUUCUGGUCGGGAUACAAUGUUGCACAGUGAGCAUUCUGGACAGGAUAAUGAAGAAAAACAUCUCACAAACACAUCUGGAAAUCAUUUGCUGCCUGGAAUUCUUCAUGCAGCUGAAAGUGAGCAUGAAAAUGAACGUUCAGACACAGCUGUUGCCUCCAGUGAUAAUGGCAAGCAGGAAGACACCACACAAAAACCACAUGCAAUGCAUCCUGGGUGGGAAAGUGAAGAUGAAGAUACCACAAACACAACUAUGGAUAAUAUCCCACCUAUAAUUAUUCUUUCAAGUGAAGGAAAGCAUGAAAAGGAAACACAUCAUACAGCUGUGGUCUCUGAUGGUGGUAGUGACCAUGAAGAUUCUACUCAAGAAGCACAUCCUGGCCAGAACAAUGAACACAGGCAUCCUUCAAACACGUCAACAGAUUAUUUUGUACCUGGAAUUAUUUCUUCAGUUGAAUACAUGCAUGGAAAUGAAACUUCACAUAUAGCUGUGGGUUCCAGUGAUGAUAUCAAACAUGAAGUUGCUACUCGUGAUCCAACGGUACAUGAUAUACAUCAUGAAUCGGGUAGAGAAGAUGAUUAUUCUACAAACAGCACGAAGGAUGAAGUACCCAUAAGAAUUAUUCCUCCAGCUGGAAACAAUAACAUAGAUAAUUUUGAUAAUACAGCUGUCAUACACAACGAUCAUGAAGACUCAACUCAACAACCAUUACCUCCCAUUCAUCAGCCAGGCUGGUAUGCUGAAGAAAUAUAUCCCACAAAUACUUCUAGAGAUGGUAUACCGAUGGGAGUUGAUUCAGAUAGUGAAAGCAAACAAACAGAUGUGGCCAAAGAAGAUUCAACCCCAGAACCAGUGAGGCAAUGGGGUCAUGAAGACAAAUACACGACGAAAUCAACAGCAGAUGUCUUAGUUCCUGGAAUUGUUCCUCGAAGAGGAAUAAGUCAAAAAAAUAAUACUGAUCAUACAGCAGUAGUCUCAAAGGAUGGAACCAAAACUGAAGAAUCAACACAAGAUCCACAGUUACAUGGAUUGCGUCCUGAAUGGAGCACUGAAGAUGAGCCUGUUGUAAAUGGCACUCAAGAUUAUGUAUUACCUGGAGUUUUUCCUGAAAUUGACAGUGGUUCUGACAGACAUCCAUCAUCGCCUACUGCCAGUGUUAACCCAAAUGACCCGAAGGGGUCUGGAAGAGGGACACACAUUGACCAGACAGGGGAAUCGCCAAAAAGCGAGCCACGAAUGGCUAUCAUACCAGAUUGGCUUAUUGUAGUUGCUUCUCUCUUGGCACUGGCAUUGAUACUUGGUGUUUGCAUUGCUGUGAACAGUCGAAGGAGAUGUGGGCAGAAGCAAAAACUUAUUAUCAACAAUGGCAAAGGAGGCAUAAAUGAGAAAAACAAGGGUGGUUUGAAUGGAGAAGCCAGUAGAUCUCGGGAAAUGGUUCAUUUGGUGCAUGAUGAGAAGCCAGAAAACCAAACAGAUGAAUUCCAGGCAAUUGAUGAAACGCAGAACCAACAAGAAGUGGCCUUGAAGAGUGGCGUGUAAGAGAGCUGCACCAAUCCAAUUUCAUCAGAGGUGAAGAAGCAAAAAAACAAUGCACGGAACUGGGACUAGAACUCACAAAUGCAAUGAGCUACUGAUGUCUUUGAAGCAUAAUUAAGCAUACGUUUUCUUCUUUCUCUAUUUUUAAUGGUCAGGUACAAGAUAAAAAUGUCAUGUUUCCUCUGCUCAAGAUUGCUUAAUUUUGCCCGGUUCAGAAGGGUGACCACCAACAUCACUUGUCUCCCAAUUGUGGUCUACUGUUUGAUAAGGCAGAAUACCAACUUCAACUUAUUUCCCCUAACUUGUGCAGCUUUCCCCUCAUUAUAUCAUAAUGGAGUCACCAGGAUCUCUAGCCAGUACCUUUAAGGCAUUAAGGUACUGAGCAUAACCUUGAGGCCUAGAACGUCAAUAUUAAUUGCAAUGGGAGACUUCAGAACAGAAAUCUUAUUUGUCACUUAGCCCUGAAGGAUUUGUCAUCUUUUUGAAUCUCACUCACUUCUUGAUAUUUGGAAUUGUGUGCUGAAGUAAUUGAAUACAGAAAGACAAAUUUGUCCAAAAAUUCCAGGAAUGUCCAAUAACAAUUUUUAAUAGGGUGGAAAGGCGAGUAAGAAUAAAAUUGAUUUUAUAGCAAAUAAAUUUUUAUUCUCUAUAA